CUUUUUCUCUUUCUUUUAUUUUUUUUUUUUAAAAAAAAACCAUGUCUACGCCUAGAAGAAGAAUAGAAACUGAUGUUAUGAAACUGUUGAUGAGUGAUUAUGAAGUCACUCUCGUGAAUGACAAUAUGCAAGAGUUUUACGUUCGUUUUAAUGGUCCCAGUGAUACACCCUUUAGUGGAGGUGUAUGGAAAAUACAUGUUGAACUGCCUGAUCAAUAUCCUUACAAAUCACCGAGUAUUGGGUUUAUGAACAGGAUUUUCCACCCCAAUAUUGAUGAAGUGAGUGGUUCUGUCUGUUUGGAUGUUAUCAAUCAAACAUGGAGUCCAAUGUUUGACAUGAUCAAUAUCUUUGAAGUAUUCCUUCCUCAACUACUUCGAUAUCCUAAUCCAACAGAUCCAUUGAAUGGUGAAGCAGCUGCUUUGUUGAUGCGAGAACCCACAAAAUAUGAAAUCAAAGUUAAAGAUUAUGUCUCAAGAUAUGCUACCAAAGAAGCUGCGGAUGCUGCGGCUGACGAGAGUUCUGAUGACGAUGAUAUGAGUUCAGUUAGCUUUGAUUCCUCAGAAGAUGAAGCUGCUGGUAUGGAAUUGUAAUAAAAUAAUAUUCAAACACCGUUAUCCCCUUUUUUUUUCUUGAAAAAAAAAAAAAA